AAAAUAAAUUACCGCAACAUGUCAUGUCAGAGUUAAUGUCAUUCUCGUGAUUUUAGCAAAGCUUAGUUUUAUUAAUCUCAAGUCCUCAUUAACAUUUAAUUAAAAAUGGCAAAAAGACCUCCCAUAAAGUGGGAUUUUAGGGAUGUGUCAAGUGGAAUUCAGAUGCUACGUCAAUUUUUGUUGGGUCGUAAAUAUACGCCGCAUAAUAGAUAUCCGCCAUUGAUUGCUCCGAGGUCCAUUCCUCCACCAGAUGUUCCGCGUGGACCAGAAGAAACAAAUAGAUAUUCAGAUUUUUAUUAUUCUGACAGAAAUGCUUUGGGAUCUGUAAAGCCUCCAGUAGUAGCUCCUAUAGCUGAAGGUGCACGGACAUCCAUUAGUAGGGGUGGUAGUGCUAAAAUAAAAUGUAGUCAGACGAAAAUGGAUACAAAGAAAUUAGUGUUUAAAUGCCCACCGACGCCGGGAUGUACAUGGUGGUGGGACGCGCAUUGCUACUAUCAAGAAGUUGGUCCGGCUCCUCAGCCCUGUGCUCCGUUCCCAUCUAUUCCGCCACCACCACCCCCGCCUUGUGGAUCGCCACCGCGACCACCACCGAAGCAAAAGCCGAAAGUAGACCCAUGUGCUCAAACUCCGGAUUGCAGACUCGACCCGUGCGAGAGAGAACCACCACCACCGCCACCACCCCCGCCCCCAUGUGACCCCUGUGAUCCCAAAUACAAGAAGUAAUUUGUUAUUGGUAGGAAGUUCUUGCAAACUAUUAUGUUGAAAUUGAAAACGGAGCAGUAAACAAAAAAUAUGAGUACCAUGGCAGCCAUAUUGCAAAAAUGCUUAUUUUUAUCUUAUUACCUUAGUACCUACUAUUUAUGCAUGAUAUGUUUAUUUUGAGGAAAGUUGGUACUUAUUAUAUUGUAGUUAUUGUCUUAUUGUUUAAAAAUUAUUUUACUCAUUUAAUAAAAAUAUUAAAUUGA